AGAAAAAAAUCUGGCAGAUCUGUCAAGAAAACAAUAACAAAAAGUAUAAAAAUUUAAGAGAAUACAAAAGAUUGUUUUUUUAUAUAAAAUGGCAUCGGCAAGUACAACAUCAGCUCGAUCGUUAUUCUCCGAUUCGAAAAUACGUUUGGCCGACAGAAUCCAAGUAAAUGUGAAUAACAUUACUGCAGUAACAAGACAAAUUACAAGAGGCUCGAAGAGUCAAGAGAUUCUGAUGCACUCGGCUCGGAAUUUCGCGGCCCAAGAAGGACUGAUCGAGAAUUCCGAAAAUAAUUUGAAAAAACUACAACUACUAUGCACGCAUCUUAAUGUUCAACAGGAGGCUCUGCAAAGACGAACCAUGCAAUUUGACCAAGUGAAGGAACAAGUACAAGCUAUGCAAAGAUGACUCCAGUCGUAACAAAUUUAAUGGUUUUGGUUGUGUAAGACUUGUUUGAAUUUAGAUCAUUGUUAUAUCUUUCAGAUCUUUUUUUCUCUGCUGAAUGUAGAUGGCAUCACCAAGAUACUGCUAAUUUUCUGUCUUUUGAGCCUCGUGGGAGAUACACUAUGGACCAAUCAACGAUUGAAAUAGUUGAGAAAACAGUGUCCCUAGGAUAAGUGAUUGGUACUCAAAAAAAUUGUAAUUAUUAAAUGUUAUUAACAUUUAGCUGUACAAAAUCAACGAUAUCGGGAAGGAUAAAGGGUUUACUAUUAACUGAAACAUUAGAUUAUACUUUUUAUUGUCCAUAUCUUGUCUUUUCAAUUAUUUAUUUGAAACAUUGUCUUCGCAAAUUGUUUAUAAUCUUUAAUUUUGUCUCGUCACAUACAUCUAACUGAUACUUUUUUUACACCUUCGAAACUAUGUAUAUAUAUUUUUGAAAUUCUUCUUAAAAUUAUUUUUUAGCUACCUAUAUAGAUACAAUAAAUAUCCUUUUUUAUAUAAUAUAUGCAUUAAAAAUAUACAGGGAUAUACAUAAUUGUUUUUAUUUGUAAAACCUGUAGAUAAUAUAUAAAAAAGGACAUAUUUUUAAGCGUGAUGGAUAAUAAAACAUGUUCCAAACGAAC